AUGAGUCGAGCUAACAAUGUCCCCAAGGAGCAGGCUAUCACGUCUUCAAGUACUUUAGGAAGUGAAAUGGCGAACAAGAAGACAAGUCGUGGAGUUGGGAGAUCUGCAGAGAGCAUGACCGCCUAUUUUGGGGCGCCCCAGAUCAGCCGCGAUUCAACGGCUCGUCUUGACGUCACGCGAGACAUCGCGGCAACGAACACAGCACGACUUGUUAGUUGCUCGACUAUCGCGGGCUUCCUCUUCAUGUUAACCUUCCCUCAUUUUACGUCACGCCACAUUCGAGCGGCCUCCGAUCUACUGCAGUAG